AUGCCUUUUACUCCUAUGCCAAAAGUACCAGAUAUCUAUCUCCGAAACUGCAAUAUUAACGAUACGCCUCCUGAACAGUACUUCGAGCCCGUGCCUUUAGCCCAGCGACCUGGGUUCAAUACCACCGGCAAGGAAAUCGCCCUGUCGACGAAUUUUUACCCGAUCUUGGAAUAUCCCAAGAAGAACGUUUACCAGUAUGAUGUGAUGAUUGGUAACGGUGCCGAGAAGCGUAUUGUUAUGCAAAAAGUUUGGGACUCAAAGACUCGCAAGAGCAAACUAUCCCGUGAUUUCAUAUUCGAUGGGAGCAAGCUUGCGUGGUCUAUGACCAAGCUUGACCGAGAUGCCAACUUUGUAGUGGAUCUUGAUGCCGAGCAAGGACGUCCCCCUUCAAAGAAUUCAAACGCUUUCCGGUUGGUCGUUCGAUAUACCAAGACAAUUUCGUUGCAGACUUUGGCAUCUGCAAUUCGUGGAGACAUUAGCCAAGACAAGGAGACCACUCAGUGUCUUACCUUUUUCAACCAUUUGCUGCGUGAAACUCCCAGCCAGAAAUUCAUUGCCAUUAAAUCCUCAUUUUUUUCGGAUAACAGCCCACAGAUGUCAGUUGGCUGUGGUGUGCAUGCUUACAAGGGAAUUUUCCAAGCUAUACGAGUUGUCCAGCCUGGCUCGCUUGCAGUCAAUGUGGAUGUCUCAAACGCGUGUUUUUGGUCACGAAACGCAUUGCUUGUGUCUGCAGUCCAGGUCCUCGAACUCCGGGAUCCCCAGCAGCUAAUCUAUAACUGCAAACCAGAGAAAGAUGCUUUCGGUGGUCGUAAGGGCUCUAAGAAGUUCCAGCUCUUGGACAGAAUGCGAAAACUCGUCGUGAGAGCAAAGUACCCGGGCUGUCCAUGCCCAGAUAAGGAAUGGACCAUAAGAGAGUUCCUGCUUGCGAACGCUAAGGAGUACAAACUCGAAAUAAAGGACCAAGCCACGGGGAAAAUAAACUCCAUCUCAGUCUACGAUUAUUUCAAAAACCGCUACAACGUCACCCUGACCUAUUGGGAACUUCCAUUAGUCCAAAUGACUAAAAAGGACGUGGUGUACCCUAUGGAGGUUCUGGUCAUUUUCAAGUCGCAAAAAUACCCCUUUAAACUGAAUGACUUGCAGACAUCCUCCAUGAUCAAAUUUGCGGUAACCCGGCCUGCGGAACGUCGUAAGGCAAUUGAAGAAUCAAAGAAGAACUUGCAACACCCCUCAGACCCUAUGCUUAACGCGUAUGGAAUGAAGAUUGGUGACAAUAUGAUGAAAACAAAAGCCCGGCUAAUGCCAAAUCCAGAAAUUAUGUUUGGGGGUAACCAAAAAGUCAACCCAGGAACCAAUGGACGUUGGGAUUUAAGAGGAAAGAAGUUCUACUCGAAAAAUACCAAACCACUAAAGUCUUGGGGUGUUGGUGUUUUCAAGGGACGCAACCCUAUCAACAUGGCUCAGGUUGAAGCAUUUUGUGAUGCUCUUGUUCGGGCUUAUCAGGGCCACGGAGGAGAUGUUGAGAGCCGUCGUCCCCUAAUCAUGGAAGUUGUGGCUGACCCAGCUAAGGCAGUCUUUGAACUGUUCCAUGCUACUGGCAACAAAUUCAACCUUCGGCCAGAGCUAAUGAUUUUUGUGGUAGCUGAUAAGCAAAGCUUCCACUACCUGAGAAUUAAAAAGUCCUGCGACUGCCGCUUUGGUGUACCAUCCCAGGUUUUACAGGGCCAGCAAGUGGUAAAGUGCAACGGUCAGUAUAUCUCCAACGUGCUGAUGAAGAUUAAUGCCAAACUGGGUGGGACAACUGCGAGAGCUGUCUCAAAGCAGAGCAAUCUGCCUCCCUACACCAUGAUUAUUGGUGCAGAUGUUUCACACUCUUCUCCUGGUAGCUUUUCUCCUUCUAUGGCUGCGAUGACAGUCUCUAUGGAUACAUUUGGUGGUCGAUACACUGCUGGAUGCGAAACCAAUGGCGAGCGUGUGGAGCUUAUUAGCCAGGCCAACAUCAAGUCUAUUCUCUCCCCAUUGAUUCGUGAGUGGGUUAUGACAGUUGGCAAAGGCCGUGUCCCACAAAACGUCUAUUACUUCCGCGAUGGGCUUUCGAGCGGGCAGUUCCAGGCCUGUUUACAGCAGGAAAUACCACACAUCAAAGAUAUCUUUAGCGAGAUCAUGGGCAGCGAUUGGCCAGGAAAGAUGACCAUCGUUGUAGCAUCUAAACGUCACCACGUACGAGCAUUCCCUGAACCAAACGACCGCAUGGCUGCCGACAAGAACGGCAACCCUCUGCCCGGUACUCUCGUUGAACGAGAUGUUACUGACCCUUACAACUGGGACUUCUUGAUAUACUCCCACAUUGCGCUUCAGGGGACCUCCCGCCCAGUCCAUUACCAUGUCCUUGUUGAUGACAUGAAGCACAAUCCUAACCAGCUUCAAAACAUGAUUUACGACCACUGCUACCAGUAUAUGCGGUCGACGACCUCGGUCUCGUUGUUCCCAGCGGUUUAUUAUGCGCACCUGGCUUCUGCUCGUGCUCGAUCUCACGAGGACGUCCCAGCCAGCUCUGGACCACAGUCCGGGCCAGGAAUCAAGCAAGGCCAGGCACGUCAGGGACCCCGUGAGUCGGAUACACCUCAGCUGCUUCCCAUGCCCAAUAACGACCGCAUCGGAUUCAAAGUAUGGUACAUCUAA